CUCACCAAACGCCAACGACAACACAUUGAUCUCCGCAACGUCGCGCCCUCGGCCUCUGAAGCUCUCACAUUACAGCAAUCAUGGCCGAGGUUCCCAUAGUCCUCGACGGCGGGACCGGGUUCCUGAAGGCUGGAUAUGCAGGACAGAACUUCCCAGACCACCAGUAUCCCUCAAUAGUCGGCCGCCCCAUCCUACGUUCGGAGGAGAGAGAUGGCGAUAUUGUCGUUAAGGAUAUCAUGUGCGGUGAUGAAGCAGCUGCGGCGCGGUCUAUGCUGCAAAUCACAUAUCCUAUGGAGAAUGGCAUUGUAAAGAGAUGGGAUGACAUGCAACAUCUUUGGGACUACACCUUCUUCGAGAAGAUGAAAAUUGAUCCCACCGGCCGCAAGAUCCUCCUCACUGAGCCGCCCAUGAACCCUCUCCGAAAUCGCGAACAGAUGUGCGAGGUCAUGUUCGAGCGCUACAAUUUCGGGGGCGUUUAUGUUGCUAUACAGGCAGUGCUGGCACUCUAUGCGCAGGGUCUCUCGUCUGGUGUGGUAGUCGACUCUGGCGAUGGUGUCACACACAUUGUGCCAGUCUACGAGAGCACAGUCCUCAACCAUCUGACGAGGCGAUUGGACGUUGCGGGCAGAGACGUGACGCGAAACCUGAUUGCCCUGCUAUUACGGCGAGGAUAUGCUCUGAACCGUACAGCCGAUUUCGAGACGGUUCGCCAAAUCAAGGAAAAGCUAUGCUAUGUGUCGUACGACCUAGAGCUGGACCAGCGGUUGAGCGAAGACACCACUGUGCUCGUGGAGUCUUACACCCUCCCAGAUGGCCGCGUCAUUAGGGUCGGUAGCGAGCGAUUCGAGGCGCCGGAAUGCCUGUUCCAACCACAUCUCGUCGACGUCGAGCAGCCUGGUAUCGCCGAGUUUCUAUUCAACACCAUUCAAGCCGCGGAUGUCGACGUCAGAAGCAGUCUGUACAAGGCCAUCGUGCUGAGCGGUGGCAGCAGCAUGUACCCAGGCCUUCCCAGCCGGCUUGAAAAGGAGUUGAAGCAGCUGUGGCUUACCAGAGUCUUGCAAGGCAACCCAGAGAGACUGAAUAAAUUCAAAGUGCGAAUUGAGGAUCCACCCCGACGGAGACAUAUGGUGUUCCUUGGCGGUGCAGUUCUUGCCAACAUCAUGGCGGAUAAAGAUAACAUGUGGAUCUCGAAACAGGAGUGGGAAGAACAAGGAUCCAGGGCUUUGGAGAAGCUUGGAGCCAGGUAGACGAGUAAGGAAAGGUGGUGGAGAAAAGUCCGGCGUUCCUUUCAUGCAAGGUCCGGACGGCACUGCACAUAAGUCAAAGAAUAGAAACUUACACAACUUCCAACGUAACCAUCCGCCCGGCGCUGGCUCUUUUACGCAGCCUGUGAAUCUGCUCACCAUCUUUUCCAAUGCCUUGCCAAAGGCCUGUGUACCACGUCUUGGCACUGCGUGCGAGUCCUCAAAGGUUCCUAGGAAUCUGAGCGAGAUGAGUACCAUUUUGAAGCAUUAUACACGCAUU